GGAAAGUUGAAAAUAACAGAGGAAAACGUAGGAAGUACCAAAAGUAUCACAAAGAAGAAGAAAGAAACCAAGGAACAACAAAAUUCAUCACACGAUUCAUCUAAGAGUGAUUAUAUUCUUGUAAGAGCACGACGAGGCCAAGCCACUGAUGGUCACAGCUUAGCUGAAAGAGUGAGAAGAGAGAAGAUCAGUGAGAGAAUGAAGCUUCUUCAAGAUUUGGUUCCUGGAUGCAACAAAAUCACAAGCAAAGCUGGGAUACUUGAUGAGAUCAUUAACUAUGUC